AUGCCGAGUCCGCCUACGGCCGUCUCCGCUCCGGGCAAGGUUCUCCUGGCCGGAGGCUUUCUAGUCCUCGACCGUCAAUACACCGGUUUGGUAUUCGGUCUAAGUGCUCGCAUCAAUGUUAUCGCCCAGGAAAUCAAGACUAGCAAAGGUGUACAGCUGAGCGAAAUUAUUGUCGAUAGCCCUCAGUUCCUUGACGCUCAAUGGCGAUACGGUUAUCACCUUGCUCCUGAGGAUGGGGGUAUCAAGCUGACACAGCUGCAAGUCGGCGAAAAAAUAAGCCCCAACUCCUUUGUUGAGAUCACCCUCGCUUAUGCCCUGACAUACAUUAUCACCGCGGGGAAUCUUAAAAUGUUCGACCCGGUGCAGCUCACCAUCCUAGCUGACAAUGACUACUACUCGCAACCACAUUCUUCCUCUACCACCCCUUCAUCAACAGGCCGCUUCGCCAAAUUCCCGACCGGGAUAAAGGACACCAACAAAACAGGCCUCGGCUCCUCCGCAGCCCUGGUAACUUCUUUAACCGCCGCACUACUAACUUACUACCUGCCGCAAUCAAUCUUCAACCUGGAAACCGAACAAGGCAAACACACACUGCACAACCUAGCCCAAGCCGCGCACUGCGCAGCCCAAGGCAAAGUAGGUUCCGGCUUCGACGUCGCAGCCGCCGUCUUCGGCGGGUGCGUAUACCGCCGUUUCUCCCCAUCCGUCCUACGCGAUCUCCCCGAAAUCGGUGCCCCCGGUUUCGCGCCGAAACUUAAAGCAUGUGUUGAGAACGCGGAUAGUAAAUGGGAUACGGAAGUAUCCAAGGAUAAAGCCGUCAUGCCGACUGGUGUCGCGCUACGGAUGUGCGAUGUAGAUUGUGGGAGUCAGACUGUGGGUAUGGUUAAGCAAGUCUUGAAAUGGCGCGAGCAGGGUGAUCCACAGGGGGCGAAGGAACUUUGGGAUGAGUUGCAUGCUAGGAAUGAGAAGCUUGGGGAUGUACUUUCUGGUGCGAAGAAAGAUGAGAUCCGUGAUACGGUGGUGGGUGUUAGGGAAUUGGUUAGGAAGAUGGGUGAGCAGAGUGGUGUUCCGAUUGAACCGUCUAGUCAGACGGAGUUACUCGAUGCGCUGACGCAGAAGGUUGAGGGCGUGUAUGCGGGUGUCGUGCCUGGUGCUGGUGGGUUUGAUGCUGCGGCUUUGUUGGUCAAAGACGAUGAGGUGACUGAGAAGAGGAUUAGAGAGUUUUUGGAGGGGUGGAGUAAGGAGAAGGGUGGGAAGGUUCGGUUGUUGGAUGUUAAGGGGGAAAUGGAGGGUGUAAGACGGGAGGGUUUGGGGGUGUAUGAGGGGUGGUUGUGA